GAGUAGCGGGUCUUGACGGAUGUGGCUGUCUAUCGACAACAUGGCCGUUCCAGAGCAGCUGCAUGAGUUGGUGGCAUAUGUUUCUACCGGUCUGAAAAAUGGAGACCCUACUGUCAUCGGAGUGCUAGUAUCUCUAGCCGUAGUUUUUUUGACAAUUGUCUUUCUAACCAUUAGAGGACAGAAAGGAAGCAAACGGCAAGGAAUUCUACUGACUGGAAUAUGUGAUUCAGGAAAGACAUUACUGUUUUCGAGGCUGGUAUACAAGAGCUUCAAGACAACCUUCACUUCUAUUAAAGUGAACAGUGGUACUUUGAAAAUACCUGAGAAAAAUAAGAGCAUCCCAGUGGUGGACCUACCUGGUCAUGAGCGUUUGAGAUCACAGAAUUUAGAUGAACACAAGGGAUUGGCCAGGGGUAUCAUCUUCAUGGUGGACAGUGGGGCUGUGCAGAAAGAUAUCAAAGAAGUCGCUGAAUAUCUUUACACCAUCCUUACCGACAAUGUGAUAUCAAAGAAUUCUCCACCAGUCUUAGUUGCUUGCAAUAAGCAGGAUCUGACCCUCUGCAAAGGAGCCACUGUUAUUAAGAGCUUGCUGGAGAAAGAGUUGAACACACUGCGUAUGACCAGAGGAGCAGCCCUGCAAGGUACUGACAACUCAGCAAAUAAUAAUGUAUAUCUUGGGCGACACAACAAGGAUUUUGAGUUUGCAGAUCUCAAAUCCUUUCAAGUUGAAUUUGUUGAGUGCAGUGCUCGUGGCAAAAGUGAAGAAUCUAAUGGAGACACUGAGUGUGUGCUGGAAUGGAUUGCACGUGUUGCCUAAAUUUUUUCAGAUUGAGAAAAGCUGUUUCAUUGUUUGAUUUGGCGAAAGAAACCUGGAAGGAUGCCAUACAUGUCAGACACUGCAUUUUUGUUUUGAAUUUGUAAAAGUGAUUUAAGAACGUUUUCUUUUGUCUUAUCUUAAUUAUUUGGGUGUUUUUGGUUUGAAUGCAUUUUUGUAUUUUGGCUAUAUUAAUUAUAUCUUAGUUUCUGCAUUUUUUGAAAAAUACCAUAAUUUUUGUUUUGAUGUAAGGUUCUGCCUGUUCGGUGUUUGAAAAUAAAAAAGAAGACAACAGAAUUUGUGCCAAAUCCACUCAAAAUUCAAAAGCCUGUUUCUGUAAUUCCAGCUAGGAUAAACAGCAUUUACUCUAGAAAGAGAACUUUAAAAGAUAUAUAUAUAGGGAGAGAAUUUGUCUAUUAGCUCCUAGUGACUUUAUUGCUGUGUUAUAGUAAGUCAUUAUGAAGGAGGGCAGGUCUUCAAAUUGAGAAAAUGCUGGUUAAAAUAUGUUAUGAAGUAUACAGGUUAGACACAUCUUCUUGCUGCUAGUGAUCAAUACUCAACAUUAAAAUAUUUAAAAGAAGUGCAGGUGCUGGAUUUUAAAAUAUGCUUCAUGAUUGCUGUAUAUAUAUAUUUUAAUGAUGCAUUUUGUUUAGUGGAACACAGCUCUGUAGUCAAUCUCUGUAUAAAAAAAAUGUUAUGUACCUAUAGGUGCAUCUUGCAUUCUAUUUUGUUUUAAAAAGACGAGUUUAUGUGGCUAAGGGGAGAGCAUCCAAGUACAAUCUUUGCAUCAUCUUACAGCAGCUAUUUUAAGUACCAUCCAUUGAGAAAGCUUUAAUUGACAGCAGAUUUGAGAAUCAUGUAUACAUGACAAUGUAGAUAUACAACAUUUUUUUCUUUUUAUCAAAGAUAGCUGCUACUUGCUGCUUUUUUUUGGAUAUAAAAGACACGAAGAAGCUCAUAGUUUUUUCAUCUAGAAAAAUAUGAUAAAAAUCUUGUUUGCAAACAAAAAUGUUGAUGGCCUCUGAAGAGAGGAAUUGAUGUUGUGCAGACUGGCUUGUCAAGAAAGAAAACCCACCAAAUGUUCACAGUUUUCUUAAUGAUAUUACAACUGUCUAUCACAUUUCACAUAAAGUGUCAUUUUUCAUCUGCUAUGGAAUUGCUUGACACACAUUGUGAUAGUGCUUCAGCUAUUCUGUUAUUCGUACCCUUAAUAGAUUUAAAAAAAAAAUUGCAAUUCCUGUAACCCACCUCAUCAUUCUUAUAAGGGAUUUGAGGGGUUUGUGAUCAGUGAAAAAGACGCAUUGCUUGAUAUUGAGAGUUUGAGGACAGCCCACAUCAUCGCUAAAGACUUUCUACAGUGCUGUACCGGGUUUCUCUCUCCAGCAACAUUCAGCUUAUAUGCACAUCAGGUAUGAAAGCUGUCUUCGUGUGUAAUAGCACAGCACCCAGUCUCACUGCGCUAGCAUCUGUAGGAUAAACAGUAGUAAAAAGUUCGGUAACUUCAGGAUGGGGCAAAUGAAAACAUUUUGAAUUUUCUCCAGUGCAGAUUGGCACUCUGUAGUCCAGUGUGUAGAAUGAGAACUGUCUCCUUUAAUCAGAUCUGAUAUAGAUGUCAUUGUUUUAGAGAAAUUGGCAAUGGAACGCCUAUAGUACCCAGUGAGUGCGAACAGCGAGCUUUCUCUCUGAAGUCUUAAUGUCUAAGAUCUUUUGGAAGAGAACACGGUCUGGAGUCAUGACUCCUUGUCCUCUCUGAUGUCCUAAAUAAAAUAUCUGUUGAUGGA